UAGUUUGUUUAACAAACUAAAAGAAGAAGUACUCUUUAAACUUUGAAAAUGACUGAUGAAAAUAUUUCCAACUUUUCUAAACACUGUGAUUCUUAAGGUAUAAUUUAUUGCAAGAUGAACAAUAGCGAUUCUCCUGAUCAUAUUGAAUAUAUUCGUACUGAAGUGGAAGGCAAAGGAUGGAUUAAUGAAGAAAUACAAGAACUUAAUUCUUCUCUGAAAAUCUGUUGUAUACCUUUACCAAGAAGGUUUUUUUUGUUUGUUAAAUAUAUUGCUCCUACACUCAUAUUACUUGUCAGUUUUGCUGCUGAUAUCUUUAGUGGAGUUGCUGUUUCAGUUAGGCAUUAUCGUGAUGGCCACAUUUGGUGGUUUAGCUUAACUGUUGUCUUUAUCUCUGCUCCAGCUGUUAUGUUUAUAGCUCAUGCAAUAUUGCAAACCAUCACUAAUCCAGAUAUUCAACUGUCUAAAAAAUUAUUAUGGAUUGUUCUUUAUAUCUGCACUGGAGGAGGCUUUCUGCUAUGGCCCUUGUGGAGUUAUGUGAAGAAGUUAGUUUAUGCAAUAAGGGCAUUUGCUGAUGAAGAAAAUAGUAUGAUACAUUUGGAAAAGUUCCAUAGCAUUGGAGCAAUAGGUGACAAUAUGCAUAAAAUGCUCAAAGCUUUUCUUCAGUCGGCACCUCAGUUAUUAUUACAACUGUAUAUCUUACUCUCUUUUCCUAAACAAGAUAGCCAUACAGUUAUUGCUGAAAUUGUGUCCAUCAUCUUUUCACUUAAUGCUUUGACUGUUGUCAUUGUUCAUUUUGAGGUCAACAGUAAGCAUCAUCCUAGCAGAACAGCAAGAUCAGAACAAAGUCCUGAAGUAAAUGAUUUAUGUUGUGUCAUAGUGGAAUAUUUAUGGUGGCUGUUUUCUAUUGCUUCACGAGUUCUUGCGCUUGCAUUUUUUGCUUCUGUUUUCAAAUAUUGGGUUUUUGUCAUAUGUGCCAUUCAUGCUGCCACUUUAUCAACUUGUCUGAUUUUUAACCAUCCUAGUUAUUCACUUAAUAAUUUUAUAAUAGCUAUAUUCAUGGGUUUUGUAUAUAUAUUUUGCUUUGUAGAAUAUAAAGUUGAUUUUGGAACACUGGGAAAAGUUAUUGGACUCUAUAUCUUAUAUUAUGCUUUUACAUUCAGCCAGAAUAUUUGUAUGAUAUUAUCAGCAUAUUUCUUAGCUGUAGGGGAUUAUUUUUACCAUCUUCCUAUUGUAAUAGUACAUUUUGUGUGUUUUUUCCUUGGAAUAGUGUUUAUGCUAUUUUAUUUGGGAAUGCUGCGACCAUUUUAUCUGUAUUUAAUUAAUAAAAGUAAGCUUCCAGUAGCAUAAUUAGGUUGUGUGUGAUAAUAUAUAGUGCCAAUUAAUGUUUUAUUGCAUGCCUGCCAUAUCAUUCUUUUAUUUAAUAUUCACAGUUUUAUUUGCUCAUUCCUGGUCAUUCCAUUUUAGUGUAUGCUGCACUGUAUGUUGAUUUUUAGAAAUGUUAAUUUUUAGUUUAUAUUGUGUGUAUUUGAUUUCUGUGUGUUUCUUCUGUCCACUUAAGGCAUCAGUUUUUUUAAUUAUUUUUUUGGCAUAAAUUUAUGUUCUUUUUUUUUUCUUCUUGUUGUAAAAUGUUAUUCUGUUGUUGAUUUUUAGUAGAAUGUAAAUUUCAUCCCCCCUUUUUUUGUGUGUGUAAAGUAUUAUUAUUAUUUGUAAAAUAAGCCAAAACAUUGGGAAAACUCUCCCGUCUUGUCUGAUAUACCUAUACUAAGGUAGUAAAUGAAAUGAGGGAUACUUGAUCACAGUAAAUUUUAUGAUAAAUCAAUCUUUCUGUUAUGCAUAAUGUAAAUUUUGAAUUUUUUGUAUUUUUAUUGUUCACAGAAAAUUGGAAAUGAAGGUGUUAUCAAAAUAAAAAAAAGUAUAUAGGUAUUUUUUCAUGGCUCUGUAAGGAAGUGUACUCCGUUAAUGAUUUUCCUGAGAAAAUUUAUUGCAUAAACAUUUUAAACAUAAGGAGCGUGAUGAAAAACCACAUUUCAUGAAGCCACUAGCAAUUUAAUUUGCAGUAAUUUCAUUCAGUAAUUUUAUCACUUGGCCACCUAGUAGACAUUUUAAUUUCAGAAAGCCCUGUGGUGCAUUUAGUGGAUGUGCUUUUCAAUUAUUAAUGUUGGCAAACUUUGUCUAGAAUCUUGUUAGCAACUCAGUGAGACUAUUGAACACUGGGAAUUUUUAGUCUGGUUUUUGUCUGGUAAAUGUUAUUGGCUGCUUGAUUUCUUUUGUGGCUUCCUAUAUGUGCAAAAUGAAUAUAAGACAGUCUUUCUGAGAAAAUCUUCUUUGAAGUCAUUCUACACAGCAAAAAGCUCUUGAAUACUUCUUUUCUAUAGUGAAAUAUCUAUUUGCCUUUGCACAGUUUUUGAUUCUUAGGAGUAUUUGUAAUCUUGUAUGUCUAUCUACUUCAGGCUAAAAAUUUCUUAAUAAACAAUGACUGUUCCAGCAUCAGAAUAUAAUUAACUAAAUUUAGUCAAUUAUAUAUAUAAUUAAACUGUACUUUCAUUCAGUUUUCAUGGUUUCUACAACUGAAGCUGUUAACAUUCUUGGAAUUUGUUUACUUCCUACAAUGAGAAAAAAAAGGAAAAUGUAAAUUUUUUAUACCUUGGCUCAUUUCUGUUAUCUGUCGUAAUGAUGUCUUUAUCUGUCGUAAUUGAAACUUUUUUUUAAUAAUUGGAAGAAUCAUGAAAGCAGAUGAUGAAUAAGAAAGUAUAAUUUACUGUUUCAAUGGUUAUUUCAUAAAAUUUUAAAUAUCAGUAAAUUGAAAUGGAAUGAACACAGUAUCGAAUAUUUUCCAACCAUUUUUUUGCCAUAAGUUAUUUUAGCAAGUGAAAAGAGGGGAGGGAAAUUAUACAGUCAGAUUCAUUUUUAAUAAAAUCUUAAUGAAAAUAUCAAAAAUCAUCAUAAAUAUCUGUUAUAAUUUCUAAGACCUUUUGUUUUUUAACUGCCCAGUAACUGAACAACCUUUCUUUUUUGCUUUGAUUUCAAACUAAAACUAAACAUAAGUAACAGUAUUUUUGUUCAUUCCAUUUUUAAAAUCUUGGCACUCUCAUGCUACUAUAUCAACUGAUGAAAUAUGUAGAGUUUCAGUUAUCUUGCGUAUCAUAUAAUACACAAGAUAAUAAUUAGUGCCAAAAGCAAACAAGCUGUUAUAUGACAAAAUACAUCCAAUAUAGUCUUCCCUUGGUAAUCCUUACUGCAACCCCAAAUAUGGAGAUGGGAUUCUAACUGAUCUUCCAUUACUUAUGGAGUACUUUGUUGGAAAAUAUAAUUUUCAUUGCUUUGUAAUUCCUUGAAGCUGUGCAUAUUAUAAUGUAGCACAAUGCAGUUUUUUUUUUUUUUUUUUUUUUUUUUUUUUUUUCUCUCUCUCUUGGAGAUUAAGUUAAGAUAUCAGUAUCCCUUUCUUUCAUACCCAUGGAAGAAAAGAAAAAUCACUGUAAAUAUAUUAAAGCUACUUAUGAUACACUUUAUUUCUUUAUUAAAUGUUAAGUAAUGCCUUACUGUACAUUAUUUAUUAAUCAAACUGUAUUACAAGUAUGUAUGUUACAUGGUAAUAUGAGAUGCAUUAUUUGAUAUUACCCUUCAUACAGAACAAGGAGUGUGUUACUUGCAGUUACAGAAACUUUAUUGUACUGAGGUUUUAAAAUAUUGAUUAAAUUUAAAUAGCAUUUUUAAUUAUGCCCAUGUCUCUACUAUCCAUCUAUACAUUAUUGCUAUGUUUCUACAACUUCUUUUUAUCAUUAUGUAUAAUUUUACUAGUACUUGUUAGCUCAAAAGGGGAUAUUAGUCUGGAAAUGGGAUUUGGAGCAUAUCGCUAUAAAUGUCAAUUCACUUCAUAUGGCUCAUUCACUUUUCACAUUGUUGCCAACAAAUUGUAUCGCCCUGUAUUAUUUUUAAAGAAAUUAAUUAUCAAAAGAAUCUACACUUAUGCAUGUAUGUUCCUCGUAUUGUGAAACAACAGUACCUAGAGCUAUCAAAUUUUCAAUAAUGAUAUCCUUUACCUAAACAUAUACAUCUGGAAAUCUGAAUUUUGAAUUUGUUUUAUUAUUCAUUUCAAAUUUUGUAAAACUUUAAUAAAUUUUUUAUUAACAAACUCAAUGAUUUGAAAUCGAGCAGUGGCAAAACUGUUUGAAAUAAA